CUACAUUUGCAGUCAGAGUUUUAAGUUUAAUAUUUUUACGACAAAAUUUGCAACUUAAAGAAUUUACAUUUUCUGCAUUCAACCAAACUUUAUAAACACUAAAAUAAUUAUUAUAUUAAAUUACAUUUAAAUACAAAUUUUUAUAUUCGAAUAAAAAUCGUGAAUAGCAGAAUAUGAUGGAUGUAUCCCAUGAACUAGGUUCUUUGCGAUAUGUUGUGGAUUCACCUUUAUCUUCUAAGGUUGCUAUGUUUAAUAAUCAUGCAGAACAACAUCAACAAUCGCAAUUAAGAAAUCCAUUCUCAGGCAGAAAUGAACGAUCCUCACCUAAGCCGUCGUUUUCAAAAGAUGAAUAUGGCAAACCCAAAGCUGGUAGUUUAACCGAAAUGCGUGGACAAAAAGCUAAUAUGCAUAUUCUUAAGGAAAUGGUCGAAUUAUGUCAGAUUAUAGACUCUGAAGGCUAUAAAGUAACUGAUGAGCCAAGCAUGCGUGUCAUUCCGUUUGGAGAAUUAUUUAACAUUUAUAAUUCAAUUUCUGACAAAGUGGUAGGCAUACUCUUGCGCGCACGUAAGCAUAAACUAGUAUCAUUUGAAGGCGAAAUAUUAUUUCAACGUCGUGAUGAUGAUGUUCCAAUAUUUUUAUUGAAACCGAUUAAAGAAAUAUGUGAUGAUCUACAUCUUAAAAUUGAAGAAAUAAAACGUGCGUCAAGUCCGGCACCUCAAGCAACUAGUGUGUUAAUGGAUAGAUCAGGCAUGAAAUUAUCCUGUAGCUCCAGAAACUCGGUAUCUCCAAGUGCAUCAACGGGAACCUCACCUGUUCGGAAGUUAUUUGUUGCUGCAAUAGAUCCAGAGCUUGACAAAAAUCAUACAACUAUCCAUAUAUUUGCACCAGAAAUGCUAGAGAAUGCUAAAAAGCUUAAUCCUGAAUUAAAUAAUCAUACCAAACCUGACGAACAAAGAAACGUGAUCCCAAAACUUAUAACUGAACAAAAAGUAAAAGCAGAGCAUGAUGUCGUGAGCGAGACAGAAAUAUUUGAAUCUUUUACAGAAAUUGAAAAAGAAAAUUUGUUACUGAAAAAGCCGGAUAAAACAUUCAUUGAAAAAUUACCAACCGAAAUAACUAUAAAUACUGAAAUGCCAAUAGUGAUUAUGGAAGCUACAGCCGAAAAUGAACGCAGUUCUGAAAUAUUAACAUUAAAAAAUCCUUCUACCACUACUAAAAAUUAUUUACCUUAGUAAGUAGAAAAUUGUAAACAAUUUUUCUUUUAACCACAUAAAAGAAACAAAUACAGUCCUAAAAGAAUGAUUGUGCACAUUGAAAUAAAAUUCACUAUUUUAAGUUAUAA